GCCGAAGGGGGCGGGCUGGUUAAGCGUCCGGUUUGCAGGAGGCACAGGUCCGUUGGUGGCGGGCUACUCUUCUCUCUUCGUGGUCCCUGACUCAGUGUCUAAUGGAGCUUUCUUACCAGACUCUCAAACUCACUCACCAGGCGCGGGAGGCGUACGAGAUGAGAACAGAAGCACGGCGAAAAAAUCUUCUCAUUCUGAUUUUGCAUUACUUAACACAAGAAGGCUAUAUGGAUGCAGCGAAGGCUUUGGAGGAGGAGACCAAAUUGGGAUUACGGCGCUUUGAAGUUUGUGACAACGUUGACCUGGAAACUAUCUUGAUGGAAUAUGAGAGCUAUUAUUUUGUAAAGUUCCAGAAGUACCCCAAAGUGGUUAAGAAGGCACCGGACCCAGUGGAAAAUAAUUUACCGUCACGAAGUGGAGGGAAGAACAAAAGGCUGACGAAUGACAGUUGUCAAAAUCUCCCUAAGAUAAGUCACCAGAAGUCACGACCUAAAACUUCAGCAGUGAAGACAGGGGACACCAAAUCUGUCAAGGAACACCCUAAACAGGCCAAGGAGAGUGUCACUGACACUCAAGCAGAGAGCACUGACUUCGGCCUGAACAUAUCAAAAAUCCACAAAGACCACCCAGAGGAAAAGGCCCACCCACGAAGAGGCCAAAUCAUUGACUUCCGAGGACUGCUCUCAGACGCUAUCAAAGGAGCCACCAGUGAAUUUGCGUUGAACACCUUUGAAUGUAACCCAGACCCUUCAGAGCGAUUGCUGAAACCUCUGAGUGCAUUUAUUGGCAUGAACAGUGAGAUGCGAGAACUGGCAGCGGUGGUGAGCCGGGACAUUUACCUCCAUAAUCCCAACAUAAAGUGGAAUGACAUUAUUGGACUGGACGCAGCCAAGCAGCUAGUCAAAGAAGCCGUUGUGUACCCAAUAAGAUACCCGCAGCUCUUCACAGGAAUUCUUUCCCCGUGGAAAGGACUGCUGCUUUACGGCCCCCCAGGCACAGGGAAGACUUUGCUGGCUAAAGCGGUGGCCACCGAAUGCAAAACCACCUUCUUUAACAUUUCUGCAUCCACUAUUGUCAGCAAAUGGAGAGGAGAUUCUGAAAAACUGGUCCGGGUGCUGUUUGAACUUGCGCGAUAUCAUGCCCCCUCCACGAUCUUCCUGGAUGAGCUGGAGUCGGUGAUGAGUCAGAGAGGCAUGGUUCCUGGGGGGGAACAUGAAGGGAGCCUUCGGAUGAAGACGGAGUUACUGGUGCAGAUGGAUGGCUUAGCACGCUCGGAGGAUCUCGUGUUUGUCUUAGCAGCCUCGAACCUGCCAUGGGAGCUGGACUGUGCCAUGUUACGGCGCCUGGAGAAGAGGAUUUUGGUCGAUCUCCCCAGCCAAGAGGCCAGACAAGCCAUGAUCUACCACUGGCUGCCGCCUGUGAGCAAGAACCAUGCCCUGGAGCUACACACACAGCUGGAGUACAGCGUGCUGAGCCAGGAAACAGAGGGCUACUCAGGCUCCGACAUUAAGCUGGUCUGCAGGGAGGCAGCCAUGCGGCCUGUGCGAAAGAUCUUCAGUGUGCUUGAAAACAACCAGUCAGAGAGCAACAAUUUACCUGGGAUCCAGCUGGACACUGUGACCACACAGGACUUUCUGGAUGUGUUGGCUCACACCAAGCCUUCAGCAAAGAAUCUGACCGAGAGAUACUUGGCCUGGCAAGAGAAGUUUGAGUCUGUAUAAAGCUGUGCCCAGCCUGACCUGGCCAGAGGCAGCCGAGAGCCUCCCCAGCGUGACUGGGAUGGAAGGGAGGAAGUUAUCCUUGAUAGCUGGACUCAUUUGGACAACUGUGUUCCUUUGGAAACAUGAGCUCUCGUGUCAUGGAUGUCAGCAGAGUGGAGAUUUCAGCAGUGAGUGUGUGCUGUUGGGUCAGGCAAUAGAGGUUUUUCUCACAAUUUGACUAUAAAAUUUUGAAGAAGUUUCCUGUGUUUCUCAUUUGUGAACUGAGAUCUUCAUUUUGAAGAAA